CCCGGAUGUAAACAUCGCAGCCAUAUUGGACGUCCCGAAUGCAGAUAACCAUCCCGAAUGAGUCACUCUAUUUUUGUUAAAGAAGGCACCCGCAUUCAUCAGAGGUGGUUUUGUAAUUUAUCGUAUGAUUUUUUUUAACUUUACGUUUGUUCCGGUGAGCUGUCUUAAUUCUGGAUGGAGCGACCGAGCGACUACGAGGCGACAACCGCCGCAACUUUCUGCUCGCAGGCGACGCUCAUCAUGGAGGUGGCGGUGGAGGCAGCAGUGGGGGCUUUACACGAAAGCCUGGUCGGCGGUCAGAUGGAGGCUGCAGGUGCCCCUGAGCUAAUGCGUCAACUAACAGCCAUCUUAAGUGUGGCUGCGAAGGAGGCCGUCCGACAAAUCUGCAGUGUGUUCAGACAGCUCUUGGCAAGCUUGGCCAAGGAGAAUAACACCUUGCGAGACAAAGUGGCGCAACUGGAGGUCGAGCUGAGUUCAAGGGACAAGCAAAUGCCUACGACUAAGAAAACAAAGGCAGCAAACGGCAAUCGACAAGUCGCCGCCCCCUUGAGCCUCGCCAUGUCCAUCAUCAACUCGGCCAAAGCGUCUUCUGGCAAAGAGAGCGGCGGCCAGGUUCCUCUCGUCAUCAUCAGCUCGCCGCUUCACUCUGCAAUCAGGCUCCCGAGCAGCCCCGUGGUGAAGGACAAACAUGAGGAUCAUGCUCAGGAUGAAGCCUCUGGCAUGAAGUCACUUCCUGUGGCGGAUGAGCAGCUGGAGCCUGAGGAGUUGGCGGCCACCGAAGAGGAGACGGCACUUCAUAUAACGGAGGCAGAGAAGACGGCAGAACCAGUUGAUGUUCAAUCGGAAAAGGAGAUGCUGGUCGUCGCUCAGCCAGCUGCGAGUGAAGAAGAUGUAAAGGAGCAGGAGAAUAAGCGCCGGCGCGAGCUAUACAAGCACAAGCGCUUCUUCUGCGAGCUGUGCAACAAAGGCUUCCACCAGCAGCACCAGCUGAGGAAACACGUGUUGCGCCACGUCAAGCCCUUCCCGUGCACGCUGUGUGACAAAGGCUUCUACCAGGCCAAGACGCUGCACAAACACCAGCAGUCCCACCGGUUACGCGAGGCCCAAGAGCGAGACCCCGACAAGAUGCUAGCGUGCGAGCAGUGCGAUCGUAAAUUCCGUCUGGCCCGGCAGCUGCGCGCCCACCAAGCGUCGCACCGGCUGGAGAAAACUCCCCUGCGCUGCGCCACCUGCGGGCGCACCUUCACCUCGACGGCGGUGCUGCGCUACCACGAGAUCUCGCACGCUGAUGUCAAGCCCUUCAUGUGCGACGUCUGCGGCAAAGGCUUCCUGAGGAAGAAAAGCCUGCGCGAGCACCAGACGGUCCACACGGGGGCACGGCCGUACCUCUGCCAGACGUGCGGCAAACGCUUUUCCACCGCCGGAAACCUACGCGUGCACAAGCGCUCGCACUCGGACGAGCGACCCUUCAAGUGCGGCGAGUGCAACAAGGCCUUCAAGUGCCGCAUGGGCCUGCUGCAGCACCGCGUGGUCCACACGGGGGAGAAGCCUUUUGUCUGUCAGACGUGCGGGCUGAGCUUUGGACUGAAGUACAACUUCCAGAGACAUCUUCGCCUCCACAGCGGGGAAAAACCCUUCAAGUGCAGCAAGUGCGGCGAAGGCUUCUCGGGGACGUGGGCCCUGAAAACGCACAUGCUGGUGCACGGCGUGGAAAAACCCUUCAUGUGCGACCUGUGCGGCAAGACCUUCUUCUACAAUUGCCAGCUGCAGAAGCACCAGCUGGUGGUCCACGGGAACAAGGAGCACGCCAAGGCGGGUGGUGUGCCCGGAGACAGCCGGAGCCGUCGGCGGCCAUCGGUGGGUAUGAAGGCCUUCAGCUGCAAGACUUGCGGCAAGAGCUUCAGCAGCGUUAGCACACUACGCACGCACGAGAAGAGCCACGCUGAGCACAAGGAAUUCGUAUGCGAGACAUGCGGGAAGUCUUUCCACCUACGCCACCUGUACAUCUAUCACAUGCGGCAGCACAAUGGCGACCGGCCGCACGUCUGCGCCGUUUGCCAGAAGGCCUUCCUGCUUCAGUCGCAGCUGCGCCAACACGAGCUGCUGCACACUGGCGUCAAGCCGCACCAGUGCCAGCAGUGCGGUAAGGCUUUCAGGACGCCGCAGAACUACCACCGACACCUACUGGUCCACACGGGCGAGAAGCCCUACGAAUGUGUCACGUGUGGCCGUAAAUUCCGCCAGUCCAACCAGCUCAAAUCGCAUAUGCAGAUCCACACGGGCAUAAAGUUAUACUCGUGCCAGAGCUGCGGCCGCGGUUUCUCCGACUCCAGGCAGCUCAAGAAGCACCGCUGCGGUGACGAGUUGAAGAGCUCACGUGAGUCUGGAAGCAAACGCAAGAAAGAGAAGAGUGCAGUUUUCCCUUGGAGCGAUGGUUUUGUCAACGAGUGAUUCCUGUCCGCACCAAAUCUGUCUAAGAAAAGGUGGAAUCGUGCCAGUUUUAAAGGCAAUGCCAUGAUUUACUCCUCCAGAGUGAAUAAGUUCUUGGACUGAGAUUCUGAUAAUCAGAAGAGCGUUUUUGUGCAAUGGGACAGCUGAGUCAACGAGUGAAUCAUCUCGGCAAACUAAAGAUGCGGUUAGCUUAGCAUCAAUAAGAAAAAGGGCAGGAGGAUUUCAGUUUUAAAAGCAAACGCCCUACUGUUACUGAAUUGUCGGUGCUGAUGUAGAGACAUUAAUAAUGACAAUUUAUCACAAUGAAGACAUCACAGAUCCUUUAACAAAAUCACAGUCCUGUGCGAGAGAACCAUUUGUGCACAGGAAUGGACUGCACACUAUUGUCUUUUUUUUCUCCCCUACUUGAAUAAUAUCAUAAAAAACAAUACCAGCAUCAAAAUCAAUAAAAUUUUAAAGGACUC